GCGGGCGGCCUCUUCUGCGGACCGAGCAGCGGACGCGCGGACCCAGUCCCGAGCCCAGCCCCGCGCCCCGCACCCGGAGCCUCAACCCCAGAGCCCGGAGCCCUGAGUCCCGAGCCCCAAGUCCCCAGCCCAUUCCCCACCCCUGUUCCCCGGCCCCAGGCCCAGCGAAGCCGCCAGGAUGGGGCGCGGCCACUCUGACAGCUAUCGUGUCGCCACCUCGCAGGACAAAAAAGAUGACAAGGGCUCGCCCAAGAAGGGCAAGGCGCCCAAGGAACGCCGGGACCUGGACGACCUCAAGAAGGAGGUGGCCAUGACAGAGCACAAGAUGUCAGUUGAAGAGGUCUGUCGGAAAUACAACACAGACUGUGUGCAGGGCCUGACCCACAGCAAAGCGCAGGAGAUCCUGGCCCGAGAUGGCCCCAACGCCCUCACGCCUCCCCCCACCACCCCAGAAUGGGUCAAGUUCUGCCGACAGCUCUUCGGAGGCUUCUCUAUCUUGCUGUGGAUUGGGGCUAUUCUAUGCUUCUUAGCCUACGGCAUCCAGGCAGGCACUGAGGAUGAUCCUGCAGGAGACAAUCUGUAUCUGGGCAUUGUCUUGGCUGCUGUGGUUAUCAUCACUGGCUGUUUCUCCUACUACCAAGAGGCUAAGAGCUCGAAAAUCAUGGAAUCCUUCAAGAACAUGGUCCCUCAGCAAGCUCUGGUGAUCCGAGAGGGAGAGAAGAUGCAGGUGAAUGCAGAAGAGGUGGUCGUUGGUGACCUCAUUGAGAUCAAGGGUGGGGACCGAGUCCCAGCUGACCUCAGGAUCAUCUCAGCACAUGGUUGCAAGGUGGAUAACUCCUCUCUGACUGGCGAGUCUGAACAGACACGAUCCCCAGACUGUACACAUGACAACCCUUUGGAGACCAGGAACAUCACCUUCUUUUCCACCAAUUGUGUGGAAGGCACAGCUCGAGGUGUGGUGGUAGCUACAGGUGACCGGACUGUCAUGGGCCGAAUUGCAACUCUAGCCUCUGGCCUGGAGGUGGGCAAGACUCCAAUUGCUAUCGAGAUUGAACACUUCAUCCAGCUGAUCACAGGCGUGGCUGUCUUCCUGGGCGUUUCCUUCUUCAUCCUCUCCCUCAUCCUGGGUUACACCUGGCUCGAGGCUGUCAUCUUCCUCAUUGGCAUCAUUGUGGCCAAUGUGCCUGAGGGACUGCUGGCCACUGUCACUGUGUGUCUGACACUAACUGCUAAGCGCAUGGCCCGGAAGAACUGUUUGGUGAAGAACCUAGAGGCGGUGGAGACCCUGGGCUCCACUUCCACCAUCUGCUCAGACAAGACUGGGACCCUGACCCAGAACCGGAUGACAGUUGCUCACAUGUGGUUUGACAACCAGAUCCAUGAGGCAGACACCACUGAGGACCAAUCUGGAACCUCAUUUGACAAGAGCUCCCACACUUGGGUGGCCCUGUCCCACAUUGCUGGCCUUUGCAACCGAGCUGUCUUCAAGGGAGGCCAGGACAACAUACCUGUGCUCAAGAGGGAUGUGGCAGGAGAUGCUUCUGAGUCAGCCCUUCUGAAAUGCAUUGAAUUGUCAUCUGGCUCUGUGAAACUGAUGCGGGAAAGGAACAAGAAAGUGGCUGAGAUCCCCUUCAAUUCCACCAACAAAUACCAGCUCUCCAUCCACGAGACGGAGGACCCCAAUGACAAUCGAUACCUGCUGGUGAUGAAGGGUGCCCCUGAGAGGAUCCUGGACAGAUGUUCCACCAUUCUGCUGCAGGGCAAAGAGCAGGCCUUGGAUGACGAACUCAAGGAGGCCUUCCAAAAUGCCUACUUGGAGCUGGGCGGGCUGGGCGAACGGGUGCUUGGGUUCUGCCACUACUACUUGCCUGAGGAACAGUUCCCUAAGGGCUUUGCUUUCGACUGUGAUGAUGUCAACUUCACCACUGACAAUCUUUGCUUCGUCGGCCUCAUGUCCAUGAUUGACCCACCCAGGGCUGCUGUCCCCGAUGCUGUGGGCAAAUGCCGAAGUGCUGGGAUCAAGGUGAUCAUGGUAACUGGCGACCACCCCAUCACAGCUAAAGCUAUUGCCAAGGGUGUAGGGAUCAUCUCUGAAGGCAAUGAGACUGUGGAGGACAUUGCUGCCAGGCUCAACAUCCCUGUGAGUCAGGUCAAUCCCAGGGAUGCCAAGGCCUGUGUGAUCCAUGGCACGGACCUGAAGGAUUUCUCCUCAGAACAGAUUGAUGAAAUCUUGCAGAACCACACAGAGAUUGUGUUUGCCCGAACUUCCCCACAGCAGAAACUCAUCAUUGUGGAAGGCUGCCAGAGACAGGGUGCCAUUGUAGCAGUGACUGGGGAUGGUGUCAAUGACUCACCUGCCCUUAAGAAGGCGGAUAUCGGUGUGGCUAUGGGCAUUGCUGGCUCUGACGUCUCCAAGCAGGCAGCUGACAUGAUUUUGCUGGAUGAUAACUUUGCUUCCAUCGUCACUGGUGUGGAGGAGGGCCGACUGAUCUUCGACAACCUGAAGAAAUCCAUUGCCUACACCUUGACCAGCAACAUCCCUGAGAUUACCCCCUUCCUUCUUUUCAUCAUGGCAAACAUCCCCCUGCCCCUGGGAACCAUCACCAUCCUCUGCAUUGACCUGGGCACAGAUAUGGUGCCUGCCAUCUCCCUGGCCUACGAGGCUGCUGAGAGUGACAUCAUGAAGCGACAGCCCCGAAAUCCAAGGACAGACAAGCUGGUGAACGAAAGGCUCAUUAGUAUGGCAUAUGGGCAGAUAGGAAUGAUCCAGGCUCUGGGUGGCUUCUUUGCCUAUUUUGUGAUUCUGGCGGAGAAUGGCUUCCUGCCAUCUAACCUGGUGGGCAUUCGGCUCAACUGGGAUGACCGAACUGUCAAUGACCUGGAGGACAGCUAUGGGCAGCAGUGGACCUAUGAGCAGCGGAAGUCCGUGGAGUUCACCUGCCACACAGCCUUCUUCGUCAGCAUUGUGGUUGUGCAGUGGGCAGAUCUCAUCAUCUGCAAGACCAGGAGGAAUUCUGUUUUCCAGCAGGGCAUGAAGAACAAGAUUCUGAUUUUUGGGUUGUUUGAAGAGACAGCGCUGGCCGCCUUCCUGUCCUACUGCCCUGGCAUGGAUGUGGCCCUACGCAUGUACCCACUCAAGCCCAGUUGGUGGUUCUGUGCCUUCCCCUAUAGCUUCCUCAUCUUUGUCUAUGAUGAAAUCAGAAAACUCAUCCUGCGCAGAAACCCCGGGGGAUGGGUGGAGAAGGAGACCUAUUACUGACCUCAUUCCCAGCACUGCCCCACCCUGUCUCACCCCCCAGCCCAGGAGAGAACCAUCCCCCAGUUCCCGCGCCCUCGUUUUGUAUUCUGGGGGGAGGGACCUUCUCUUCCCUUAGCCGGGUUUCGGCCCCCCGGCCUCCCCUACCCCCAAAGUUCGUACGUCCUGCUCCCGGCUCUCCCUGGCUUGCUUUCUCUCCCUGGUUUUCUUCCCUCCCCGUAGCCCCUCUUCCCCGUGUCGCUGUCUCUCUCUCCUUGUCCUUCCGUCUCGCGACUCCCCUCUAUUCUCCUGUGUCCUCGUCGCCCUCUCUCCGUUUUCUGGCUCUCUCUCCCUGUCCCUCUUUUUUUAUUUCCCAAUGGCCGACUCCAUCUCUCUGGUUCUGGACAAAUAUAAAAUAUAUUGGUGGAGAGAGAGA